CGACGAGUCAUGACGCCAUAGCCUCGCCCCUGCGCUUUCACAGUGCACAUCAUCCUCUGGACAACGAACCCCUGUACUUAAGGGCCCAUCGUCGAAGACCUCGACAUCCUCAAGCCCGCGCCGACAACCAACAUGCUGGACUUGCGGCCGACGCUGGAUGUGGCGUUACCCGCCGUGAAGAAACUUCAUGAAUGUGCCGACUAUUCGAAAACAGUCUCGCCGUAUCUACCCCAGCUCUACCAUCUACCGCAGAAGAUAUUCGAGCACAUCAAUGACCUGGACGCCCUCCAACACCUCUAUCUCUCCACGAAUCCGCUCAUUACGUCGCUCGGUUUCGCGCUGUUCAUGACCCCCAUUGUGUUGAUCGUUUCCGAGGUUAACAGGAACUAUUCGCAAGUCGACCGAUUAUGGAGCAUACUACCCGCCGUAUAUAACUGCCACUACGCACUAUGGGCACACCUCGCUGGCCUUCCUACGCAACGGAUGGAUCACGUCAUGGCCGUCACCAUCCUAUGGGGAGCUAGAUUGACUUUCAACUACUGGCGCAAGGGUGGAUACUCGAUUGGAUCUGAGGACUACAGAUGGGCAACUGUCAAAGAGUACGUUGGCCCGGUCGGGAUGUUUAUCUUCAACGUGGUCUUCAUAUCUUUGGCGCAGAACCUCCUGCUUUUCCUCAUCACCGCACCAACCUACGUCCUCCUCCUUUGCUCUCGCAUCACCGGAAAUGAACUCACGCAGUACGAUGGGCUCUUCUCGAAGCUUAUGUUCGUCUUCGUGCUCGUCGAAUUCUUCGCCGACCAGCAACAGUGGAAUUUCCACCAAGCGAAAGCCCAAUACCAGCGCACUGCUAAGCUGCCCAAGGGAUACAACUACUCGCGCGAACAUCUAGACCGUGGCUUCAAUACCACUGGUCUAUGGGCUUGGUCUCGUCAUCCGAACUUUGCAGGCGAGCAGGCUGUUUGGGUGUGCUUAUACCAGUGGUGCUGCUGCGAGUCCUGGACGUAUAUGAACUGGACCUUCGUUGGAGCUCUGGGCUACCUUUUUUUGUUUCAAGCCAGCACAUGGCUCACGGAGCUGCUUACCUCGGGGAAGUAUCCGGAAUACAAGAUCUACCAGGAGCGGGUGGGCAAAUUCUUGCCGAAGCUGAACACGAAGAGAAUGGAUGGACCGAAGGCUGAGCCAAAGGCGAAAGAGGGAGACAAAGUCAAGGAUACCAAAGGCGCUGGGAAGACGAAGAGGAGAUAGGGACUCCGUUCUCAGUCCGCAUUGGGCUCUGCAUCGAAGGACGCCAACCCAUAGGCAACGGUGGCUUGUCGUUACAACUGCUUCCGGGUAUGUAUGGCUGCUUGAAUGUGCCAUACCGCAUAACAGAUGCCCAAGCCAGCAUUGCAGCAGCUUGUUCGCUCGGUUGAAGGGCCCUUGCUAGAUACAUUACUAGCCACUACGCUUCAGACGUUGCUCUCUGAAGUAAUGCGAAAUGUUUC